AUGUGUUCAGUUACUGAACCCCAUCGUGCUACUGUUUCAUGUAAAAAUCUUUUUUCCUCAUCUGCAAAUGAUCGUUCGAUGACGACGACAAGUACACCAUCACCACCAUCAUCAUCAUCACGACGAUGUAAUAAUAAUAAUGCUCAUGGUAAACGAAAUUCGAAUAUUGAUACGAAUGUUUUCGUACGAUCGUCAAAUUAUUCGAAAAAAAAUCAACAGCAACAACAACAACGAUUAGUCGAUAUUACUAAUGACAGUCAUUUCAAUUCUAAUGUCUUUCAAAUUCCAUUCUCCAUUGAACAAACUUACGAUAAUGGAAGAAAAUCUUUAUCAAAUACGACUAAUAAUACCAAACUACUCCGGACGUCAUUAAAUCCGCUUUCACCAGCGUUUUUCUCAACUCGCCAGACAUCAGUAUUACUCUCAGAACAAAAACAAGAUGUUCAAUUAAGUCAUCCAAAAGUUGUUCUGCUAUCUGAAACAUCUGAUUAUGGUAGUAGUACCGAUCCUGAAUUGCAAUCUACACAACAUAUAUCGCCAUUCACUGAAUCUUCACCGUUUACAUUCGAUGCUGAAGAAUCCUCGUUCAACUUUCCAACGCUCGAUUCAAGCUCACAUCCGUCGACACAAACUCGUCGCGUGUCUUUAUCUUCAUCAUCAUCAUCGUCAUCAUCUUCUUCUCCUACAUCCCCAUCAUCAAGUGUGAGCAAUCUCUCCUCUCUAUCAUCGUCAUCGGAAUUGCAUACAAAUUGCGAGAAUUCCAAUCGCUUACCCAACAAGAAGCAUCUAUCGAUUACAAAUUAUAAUAAUAACACUUCGAAUGAUAUGAUUAAUUGUCAUUGUGAGAAAGAGAACCCUUCAUCGCGUAAACGUAAUCGCAUCAAUUCGUAUUCGAUUCGACGUUAUACAACAACAAACACUUGUGAAACUUGCCAAAAGAAACGAACUAAAUUCAAUUCCCGUUUAAAAUUCUACUCCAACCGACAAACUAAAUCGCAACGUCUAAGUAAUCGAUCUUACAACGACACUCCCACGCCAGUCAAAUUUACGAUUGACCUCACUGGUCUCAACGUCAAUUACACGAUCGAAUACCAUGAUACAAUGACAUGUCCAUGCUCGACAGCAUUUGUUUCGUACCACAAUUCCUCUUGUUGUAAAUGCUCAGCUCUCAAUGAAGGAACGUCUUUGGUAAUGAUGAAUCUAUCCAAUGAGUAUACCAAUGAAUUAUAUUAUGUUGACAUCAGUGAUCACACAUGGUUGCAGCCAAUCAUUCCAAAUCUACCAAAUUAUCCGGAUUUCUUCUUAACGAAAUUACAUGAGAAUAAUCUUCCAUCAGUCUAUCUCGAUGACAACGCUCUUACCGAUGCCACGGAAUACAUACAGCCAUAUUACUGUCGACCUAUUCAACCGCCACCAACACGAGCAUGGCUUCGUUUAGCUUCACCGAAUGCAACUGAACCUACUGCGAUCUUCACAGUGAUGAACUAUAAUAUUCUCUGUGACAGAUAUGCGACGAGAUAUUCUUAUGGAUAUUGUCCAUCAUGGGCGUUAAAAUGGGAAUACCGUCGAAAGCAGAUUCUCGACGAAUUGGGCACCUAUGCUGCUGAUAUAAUUGCGCUACAAAAACUUGGAUAUGAUGGCGUGUUCAGUCCGAAAUCACGAGCGAAGACAAUGUGCGAACAAGAUCGACGAUUUGUGGAUGGUUGUGCUAUCUUCUAUCGACAAUCAAAAUUUCGUUUAAUCAAAGAUUAUCUCGUCGAAUUCAAUCAAUUAGCAAUAACAGCAGCGAAUGUUCCCGCAUGUCAUGAUAUGAUGAAUCGCGUGAUGACCAAAGACAAUAUCGGUCUUGUCGCUCUGCUGGAAACAAAAGAAGAAAUCUACUCUCAUUCGUUUUCUCACGGUGCUUUGCCGUCAAAACACAAACAAAUGUUAUUUGUUUGCACUGCACACAUCCAUUGGGAUCCUGAAUAUUCCGAUGUGAAAGUUGUUCAAACGCUAAUGUUAUUAUCAGAAUUGAAAAUAAUCAUGGAAGAUGCACUACAGAAACAUCGAACAGAUUCAAAUGCACCGACAGACUGUACAUCAGCGCCAUUGGUUCUCUGCGGGGAUUUCAACUCCUUACCGGAUUCAGGUGUCAUUCAAUUGAUGCGUACCGGUAAAAUUUCACUGAAUCAUGCUGAUUUCAAAGAUCUUCAAUACGAAUCAUAUUUACAAAAGAUCAGUCGGUUAGAUAUGACAUCAACGCCUAGUACGGACAUAGUACAUAAUUUUAAAUUACAAUCAGCGUAUGAAACGACAUCAUCGCCAAUUAUGCCCUAUACUAACUAUACAUACGAUUUCAAAGGUAUUAUUGAUUAUGUUUUCUUUUCAUCAGAACUUAUGCGAGUGCUUGGUGUCUUGGGACCCCUUGAUCCUGAAUGGUUACAAUCCAAUAAGAUUGUUGGCUGUCCGCAGCCGAAUGUACCAUCCGAUCACUUUCCUCUGCUGGUCGAGUUCGAAUUGAAUCCUACGGCAAACGUUCCAAUUACAACGGAAACAUCAUCCCAUUCGACGCAGAGAUAA